AUGGUCGUUCGAGUCUUUUACGACGCAAAGUGCUACACGUUCAGCUCUUGCCUGGACGGUUCUAACGUUGGCGCCGACUGGGAAAGCAUCAAGAGGCAGGCGAUCGUGCUUUACGAAAAGGAGCAGUGUCAAGGAAAGAAGCUCAUCAGCCACACUCUCCCCAAAGGACAUGUUAUGUUCCCAUCCGACAAAGGUGCCAAGUCGUUCAUGGCCUGGGAGGAAGAAGUGUACCCGACGAAUGGCAUCGAGCACGAGUGUCGGCGAGCGAUUCUCAACAUGACAGGCAACUCGUCUGAGAGCGCUGGAGUUGUUCGGCUAUCGUAG